AUGAAUAAUGAAAUAGAAAUUCCUAAUUCCAUUAUGGACAACCUUAUGUCUAAGAAUAAUGAAAAGAGAAAUUUAGCGGGCAAGAAUAUAGAGGAUUUAAUUCGCUAGAUCCUAGAAAAACAGAAUCCAUAAGAUAGUUAGGUUUAUAAGAUGAUCUAGUAUUUUACAAAAAAUUUAGGAAGCACAAAUAUAAACGAUAAGAGGGGAAGCAUUAAAGCAAUAACAUCUAUUGGUAUUGCUUUAAAAGAACAUGAAAAAUAUGCGAGGUAGUAUGUUAAAAUGCUAACUAGACCUCUAAUAGAUCAAAUGUAAGAUAACGAUUCAAAAAUUAGAUUUGCAUGUCUUGAAGGGUUAUAUCAUAUUACAUUUGCCUUAUAAGAUAUUAUCUUACUCAAUUUUAAAGAUAUUUUUGAAACACUUGUCACAAAAGUUACUGAUAUGGAUAAUUCGGUGAGAUCUGCAGCAACAACUCUUGAUAAUUAGUUGAAGACAAUUGUUUAGGCAGCAGAUUUUUAAAAAGGGGACUUAAAAAUCGAAGAAUUGAUGGAAUUAAUCAACAAAAAAAUUGUUGCUUAAAAUCCAACUAUUAAAUCAAUGCUUUUAAGUUGGAUUAAAACAUUAGAUUCUAUACCUGGAGUAAAUAUGUUAAGAUAUCUCCCUAAAUUUUUGGAGUAGCUAUUUUUAAAUAUGUCCGAUUCGAAUAGAGAAAUAAGAUAAUCAGCAGAGUUAUGUUUGAGAGGAUUUUUAGAAGAAAUAAUGUAAAGAUCGAACACUAUGGAUUCAUAAAACAAUUUAAGCUUUGCAAACGAAGAUGACGAAAUCGGAAGAGAAACCCAUGAAUAAAUUAUUAAUGUACUAAUAGAAAUUAUAAGAACUCCAAAUCCUGGUGAAAAAACUAAAUACAACAACAUUUCCCAAAUGAAUUGUGUUUGGUGGAUUCAUGAAUAUCUCUAAAUGCUAGAAUAGCAUUCUUAAUAUAUUGUAGAGGAAGAAGAACAUAAAUGUGAAAGAUAAAAUCCUGCAAUUUAAGCUUUACUAAACAAAAUUCCAGUUAUUAUACAACAAACUCUUUAUCUGCUUUCUAAUGAGCAAGAAGAAAUAAGAAGGUCUGCAGAUAAAAUUAAUUAGUUAAUGCUUAGAAUUUUGGAAAAAUUAAAGGACAAAUCAGGGAAAUUUAGUGAAGCAAUGCCAAUGCUGCAGCAAAUGCUCGAUGAAAAACGAGAGUCAACGGCGCAAAGCGCGCUGGUAUGGAUGAGAUAACUAAUUAAAUAUUAUAAUAAAAAUAAAUCUGCUUAAAUAAAUUAAGUUCUUUCUUAAUUAAUUGCAAAGUUGUAUGAUUCUGAUUCCAUGGUAGAAAAUGUCAUGGAAGUACUUGGUAAUAUUCUAAAAGAUAAAGAAAAUUUUGAUCUUGUUAUCGGACAAAUAUUGAAAGCAUGCUUUUAGAAUCAAAAAAUUUUAAACAAAUCUGAUAUUAUUAUAAAGUAACUUUGUAACAUACUUAAUCCUGAGUUAGUAUUUAAAACUAUGGCUUCAGAAUUGAGAAAAUAUGAUGAUAUUAAUUUUGUUUCACCUUUUGUUAGAUCCCUUGAUUUAAUCCUUUUAACAGAUUCUGACCUAAAAGAGUUAAGGAAUUUCUUGAAAAAUUUGCAAUUUUAAAAGAAUUUAGUACCAGAAAAAAUUUAGCUAUUUGUUGAUAUAUUUAAAACAUGGAGCUAUAAUCCAGUCUCAGCCAUAACUCUUUGCUUUUUAACUCAAGCUUAUGAGUUAGCAUAUAAUAUCAUCAUGAGCUUCUGUGAGAUAGAACUUAAUAAAUCAAAUUUAACUUAAAUAUGCGAAUUGAUUUAUCUUUUAGAAAAGCCCAUUUUUGUUUAUUUAAGACUUUAGUUGUUAGAACAUGAGAAAUACCCUUAUUUGUUGAAAUCAUUACAUGGUUUGAUGAUGCUCUUACCUUAAGGUGAAACAUAUAAUUUACUAGCUUCUAGAAUCAAAUUAGUUGGUUAAGGAAGCACAGAUUAGUAAACUAUGGUAUCAUAGCCUUGGGAUAAAUUGAUUGAGAACAAAAUUGAUACCUCUAAGAUGGUUGAAAUAUAUUUAAAAGUUUAAAUAGACGCAAGAAUAUAUAAAGAAAAUAUAGAAAAUUUAAAUAAAUUAAAAAAAUAAUGA